AUGAAGAACACCUCCAUAAGUUUCCGAGUAGGCGAAUAUCCGACGAAAAUUCAAACCGAACGCCGAUCCGCUAGAGGCAAGCCAUUUCGAAGGUUUGCCCCUCUUACGUUUAAUCCAGAGGAUUAUAUGCACAUCUCAGGUUACUACGGGACGACGGGAAGUGAUGAUUACGGCUGUCCCUGGUUGUACGCCAGUGAAGCAUCAGUGGACCCAGUCUCCGAUGGUCACUCUGCGACAGGCCAGAAGCGUGCACUCUUAUGCGAAUCUUUUGAUCAGCCCCGAACGGUAUGCGAGGUGCACCUGAUCAGACUGCCCGUGUAA